UCAGACCGACGCCCCUGCAGCAUGGAAUGACCCUAAAUAUCUCUAAUCUUUCCCACACUUAGUCGCUCGUUGCUUUGCUGAAUGCUAAGCUGAAUCUCUCUCUUCCUUAGCACAAAACAUAUAUAAUUCAAGGGGAAAAGAACACACACAUGUCUUCCUCUACAUGUUUCAAAUGCUACCCUUGGUCUUACUCUCCUUUCCCUUUCUUCCAAAAACCCACUUCACCUUUCUCCUCCAUCUCCUUCUCAUCUACUCAACCAAACCAAACCCAAUUCCCUCUCUCCCACGACUUCACUCCAACUCAACUCCUCCACACCCUCCGCCGCCAAAACGACGAGUCCUCUGCACUUCGCUUAUUCGAUUGGGCCUCUAAGCAACCCAAUUUCACCCCCAACUUAUCCAUCUACGAGGAACUCCUCACCAAGCUUGGAAAACUCGGCUCCUUCGAUUCCAUAAAGCUUAUUUUACAACAAGUGAAGCACUCCGGUUGUGAGCUUCGUACAGGUACUUUCUUAAUUCUUAUCGAAAGUUAUGCCGAGUUCGGUUUGUACGAUGAAAUUCUCCAUGUUGUUGAGCUGAUGGAAGGUGAGUUCGGGUUAAAAGCCGACACCCAUUUUUAUAAUUUCUUGUUGAAUGUUCUGGUUGAUGGGAACAAGUUAAAGUUGGUAGAAAUUGCUCAUGAUGGGAUGGUUAGUAGAGGGAUUAAGCCUGAUGUUUCUACUUUCAACAUAUUGAUUAAGGCUUUGUGUAGUGCGCAUCAAAUUAGGCCGGCCAUUUUGAUGAUGGAAGAAAUGCCUAGUUAUGGUUUAGCCCCUGAUGAGAAAACGUUUACCACCAUAAUUCAAGGGUUUAUUGAUGAAGGUAAUAUGGAUGGUGCUUUGAGGUUUAGGGGACAAAUGGUGGAGGCUGGUUGUCCGAUUACUAAUGUGACCGUGAAUGUUUUAGUACACGGGUUUUGUAAGGAAGGUAGGGUUGAGGAAGCCUUGGAUUUUAUACAAGAGAUGUCGGAGAAUGACGGGUUUUACCCAGAUCAGUUCACCUUCAAUACGUUGGUGAAUGGUUUGUGUAAGGCAGGUUUUGUUGAACAUGCUUUGGAAAUCAUGGAUGUGAUGCUUCGAGAAGGGUUUGAUCCAGAUGUAUUCACAUACAACUCUUUAAUUUCGGGAUUGUGUAAAAUUGGUGAGAUUGAGGAGGCAGUGGAGGUUUUAGACCAAAUGGUUUCGAGGGAUUGUUCGCCUAACACUGUUACUUAUAAUACUUUGAUUAGCACCCUUUGUAAGGAGAACCAAAUUGAAGAGGCCACUGAGCUUGCACGUGUACUUACUAGUAAGGGGAUUUUACCUGAUGUUUGCACAUUUAAUUCUUUGAUACAAGGUCUGUGCCUGACGAGAAAUCAUACUCUUGCUUUGGAAUUGUUUGAGGAGAUGAAGAAUAAAGGGUGCCAACCCGAUGAGUUUACCUACAACAUGUUGAUUGAUAGCUUUUGUUGUAGAGGGAAACUAGAGGAAGCUUUAAGCCUGCUUAAAGAAAUGGAGUCAAGUGGCUGUGCGCGGAAUGUUAUUACUUAUAAUACUUUGAUUGAUGGAUUCUGCAAAAACAAGAGGAUCCAAGAAGCAGAGGAAAUCUUUGAUGAGAUGGAGCUUCAAGGGGUUUCAAGAAAUUCCGUGACCUAUAACACCCUCAUCGAUGGUCUCUGCAAAAACAGGAGGGUAGAAGAGGCAGCUCAGCUUAUGGACCAAAUGCUAAUGGAAGGAUUGAAGCCUGACAAGUUCACAUACAAUUCUUUGCUUACUUACUUUUGCAGGUCUGGUGAUAUUAAGAAGGCAGCGGAUAUUGUCCAAACCAUGACUUCAAAUGGGUGUGAACCAGAUAUUGUCACAUAUGGGACCCUGAUUGGGGGCCUUUGUAAGGCAGGUAGAGUUGAGGUUGCAAGUAAACUCCUUAGAACUAUUCAGAUGAAAGGGAUGGUUUUAACUCCACAUGCUUAUAACCCUGUUAUUCAAGCACUAUUUAGACGAAAGAGAGCUAAUGAAGCUAUGAGGCUUUAUCGAGAGAUGUUGGAGAAGGGUGACCCUCCAGAUGCCAUCACAUAUAAGGUAAUAUUUCGCGGCCUUUGUAGUGGUGGAGGACCAAUUGGAGAAGCUGUUGAUUUUGUAGUUGAGAUGACCGAGAAAGGAUUUUUACCCGAAUUCUCAUCAUUUUAUAUGCUGGCUGAAGGACUUUGUGCUUUAUCUAUGGAGGAUACCUUAAUUACGCUGGUUAAUAUGGUGAUCGGUAAAGCUAACUGUUCAGACAGUGAGGUUUCCAUGAUAAGAGGUUUUCUUAGAAUCCGUAAAUUUCAAGAUGCAUUGGCUACCCUCGGAAACAUCCUGGACAGCAGAAAGCAGAAGAAACCUUACUGGUCAAGAUGAAGCUAGAUAGUGCUCCUAGUAAACAUGUUGCAAAGAAGAAGCUUCAUUGUUCAUUAUAUGUGUAUUUUGAGUGUAAGUUCUUAUCCUACUGUUAAUGGAGCAUGAAUUUGUUCCCAAUUUUGAUGGAAGAUGCAAUGCUUGUACUCAGAAUUUAUUAGAUUUUGUGUUCCAUUUUUCAAUUUUUCAGGCA